GCUUAACCAGAAACAAAAGUGAGUUUGUUGUGCCCUGCUGGUGGGGAAGAGGACGCGUGGAGCCAGCAGCCAGGGUGGCAGCAGCAGAAACAGGCUGGGGCCAGAGGCCGUGUCCACAGCCGGAGACCCCAGCGCUCAGCUAUUCCAGGGAGCAGGGUCUCCAGCUGCUGAGCAGCUCCAGGACAUCCUGGGGGAGGAAGAUGAGGCUCCCAACCCCACCCUCUUCACAGAGAUGGACACUCUGCAGCACGACGGAGACCAGAUGGAGUGGAAGGAGUCAGCCAGGUGGAUAAAGUUUGAAGAAAAGGUAGAGGAAGGCGGUGAGCGCUGGAGCAAGCCCCACGUGUCCACACUGUCCCUGCACAGCCUCUUUGAGCUCCGGACCUGCCUGCAGACGGGGACAGUGCUGCUGGAUUUGGACAGCGGCUCCUUACCACAGAUCAUCGAUGAUGUCAUCGAGAAGCAGAUCGAGGACGGCCUCCUUCGGCCGGAGCUCCGUGAGAGGGUCAGCUACGUCCUCCUGAGGAAACACCGCCACCAAACCAAAAAGCCCAUCCACCGCUCGUUGGUUGACAUUGGCAAGUCGGUCUCCUCCACCACCAAUCGUGGCCCAGCCCGGAGCCCCGCCGCCGGCCCCAGCCUGCACCACUCCACCGAGGACCUGAGGAUUCGGCAAAGCGCCAAUUAUGGCCGGCUGUGUCAUGCCCAGAGCAGAAGCAUGAAUGAUAUUUCUCUCACUCCAAAUACAGAUCAGCGGAAAAACAAAUUCAUGAAGAAGAUCCCUAAAGACUCAGAAGCCUCCAAUGUGCUUGUGGGCGAGGUGGACUUCCUGGACCAGCCGUUCAUCGCCUUCGUGCGUCUCAUCCAGUCGGCUAUGCUGGGAGGAGUGACUGAGGUGCCUGUUCCCACCAGAUUUCUGUUCAUACUGCUGGGACCAUCUGGGAGAGCAAAAUCCUACAAUGAAAUUGGCCGUGCCAUUGCAACCCUCAUGGUAGACGAUCUCUUCAGCGAUGUGGCAUACAAAGCCCGCAAUCGGGAGGAUCUGAUUGCGGGGAUUGAUGAGUUCCUGGAUGAGGUCAUCGUGCUUCCCCCUGGAGAGUGGGAUCCAAAUAUCCGAAUCGAGCCACCCAAGAAGGUGCCUUCUGCUGACAAGAGGAAAUCUGUGUUCUCCUUGACUGAGCCAGGCCAGAUGAAUGGCUCUGUGGCUGGAGGCCUUGGAGGGCCUGCAGGAGGCGGUGGCGGUGGUGCUGGCAGCGGCAGCGGUGGCAGCGGGGCCGGCGGAGGGAGCAGCGGGGAUGACGGCGAGAUGCCAACCGUGCAUGAAGUUGGGGAGGAGCUUAUCUGGACAGGAAGGUUCUUCGGUGGCCUGUGUCUGGAUGUCAAGAGGAAGCUGCCCUGGUUCCCAAGCGACUUUUAUGAUGGCUUCCACAUUCAGUCCAUCUCCGCCAUCCUGUUCAUCUACCUCGGCUGCAUCACCAACGCAAUCACCUUUGGUGGGCUUCUGGGGGAUGCCACUGAUAAUUAUCAGGGAGUGAUGGAGAGUUUCCUGGGCACUGCCAUGGCUGGCUCCUUGUUCUGCCUCUUCUCGGGACAGCCUCUCAUCAUCCUCAGCAGCACGGGGCCCAUCCUCAUCUUCGAGAAGCUCCUCUUUGACUUCAGCAAAGGCAACGGCCUGGACUACAUGGAGUUCCGCCUCUGGAUCGGCCUACACUCGGCUGUCCAGUGCCUUAUCCUGGUGGCCACGGAUGCCAGCUUCAUCAUCAAGUAUAUCACCCGCUUCACUGAGGAGGGCUUCUCCACCCUCAUCAGCUUCAUCUUCAUCUAUGAUGCCAUCAAGAAGAUGAUUGGUGCCUUCAAGUACUACCCCAUCAACAUGAACUUUAAGCCCGACUCCAUCACUACCUACAAAUGCGAGUGCGUGGCCCCCGACACAGCGAAUACAACCGCGUUCAAUGCUUCAGCCACGCUGCCACCAAACACCAACACUUCUCUGUACAACCCCCUUAACCUCACAGCGCUGGACUGGUCCCUGCUGAGCAAAAAGGAGUGUUUGAAUUAUGGUGGGCGCCUACUCGGGAAUUCCUGCCAGUUCAUCCCAGACCUGGCACUCAUGUCCUUCAUCCUUUUCUUCGGGACAUACUCCAUGACCCUGACCCUGAAGAAGUUCAAAUUCAGCCGCUAUUUCCCUACCAAGGUUCGGGCCCUGGUAGCUGACUUUUCCAUCAUCUUCUCCAUCCUGAUGUUCUGUGGAAUUGAUGCCUGUUUCGGCCUGGCAACCCCCAAGCUGCUCGUGCCCAGCGUCAUCAAGCCCACACGGCCUGACCGAGGCUGGUUCGUGGCCCCCUUUGGGAAGAACCCGUGGUGGGUGUACCUGGCGAGCAUCCUGCCCGCCCUGCUGGUGACCAUCCUGAUCUUCAUGGACCAGCAGAUCACGGCCGUCAUAGUCAACCGGAAGGAGAACAAGCUGAGGAAGGCUGCUGGCUACCAUCUGGACCUGUUCUGGGUGGGCAUCCUCAUGGCCCUCUGCUCCUUCAUGGGGCUCCCCUGGUACGUGGCUGCCACGGUCAUCUCCAUUGCCCACAUCGACAGCCUCAAGAUGGAGACAGAGACCAGCGCUCCUGGGGAGCAGCCCCAGUUCCUAGGGGUCAGGGAACAGAGAGUGACCGGCACCAUUGUCUUCGUCCUGACUGGGAUCUCCGUCUUCCUGGCCCCCGUCUUGCAGUACAUCCCGCUGCCAGUGCUGUAUGGGGUCUUCCUCUACAUGGGUGUGGCCUCCCUGAAUGGCAUCCAGUUCUGGGAUCGCUGCAAACUCUUUCUGAUGCCGGCCAAGCACCAACCGGACUAUGCCUUCCUGCGGCACGUGCCCCUGCGCCGGAUCCACCUCUUCACCCUGGUGCAGAUACUCUGCUUGGCUGUGCUCUGGAUCCUCAAGUCCACAGUGGCCGCCAUCAUCUUCCCAGUCAUGAUCUUGGGCCUCAUCAUCGUGCGAAGGCUUCUGGACCUCAUCUUCUCCCAGCAUGACCUGGCCUGGAUUGACAACAUCCUCCCAGAGAAGGAGAAGAAGGAGGUGGAUAAGAAAAAGAAGAGAAGGAAAGGGGCCCAGGAGGACAGUGACGAGGAGCCCCAGUUCCCUCCUCCCUCAGUUAUAACGAUUCCCAUGGAAAGUGUCCAAUCAGACCCCCAAAACGGUAUCCACUGCAUCACCAGAAAAAGAUCUUCCAGUUGGAGUUACUCACUCUGAUUCUUCCUUCAGUGAUUCGGAACUCGACCGAAGUAUCACCCUGCACUUCAAAAUCUCCUGUCCAGCGUCACCUGCCUUCAACUACUCACAGAGCCCAGGCUUCAUGGUGCCACAGGUGAAGAUAGAGAUGGAGCCGGACUAUGACUUCACAGGUGUGGACAGAUAUGGAAGAGAAGCCGACGGCGAGACCACCCUCUAGGAGGACGGACUCCCCCAAGAUGGGGUACAGAGCGACAGCCUGCUUUGGUUCUUACUGCAGGGUCUGGGCCCAAACCCUUCUCUCUUCUGAGCCUGCUUCCUUGGUUGCCCAACAGAGGGAGUCAUUCUGUUUGCUAGAAAACUGGAGCUCUGUCGAUGAAAAGUACUACUUAACUGCAAAGCCCUCCUCUUCCCUUUAGAGUUAUGAAAAUGACUAAAGCUAAAGGCUACACCUGAUUUUAAAAUGCAGUCCAGCAUAGGAAUGAUAACAUUUCUUUUGAAAUGAAAAAAAUGCUUGCCUCUUAAAACUGUAGCUAAGAUAAAGAGGCGAUAGUCAAUUUUCAUUUAAAACAAACAUCAGUUAAGAUUUUUUUAAAGCUUAGAGUUUAAAGUAUCUAGAUGGUCUUCGAAGACCUGUUAAAAUACUCAUACUUCAAUAGACCAAGGUUGGAAAAUCUGUUUUGCAAUUUUAUAUAUGAAGAAGUGUUAAAACGAUCCUCUCAUCUCUAUCCCAUGCAGUUUUCUAAGGGUUGUAUGAAAAGUUUGAACCAUGUGCAUUAUGGGCCUUGCUCCAGCACAAAAGCCAGUUCCAAAAGUCUGGUAAUGAAAGAACCAACACGUUUAGGUGGAUGUGUGUAAAACGAAAUAGUUCUUGCUAACGUGAAAUCUCACAUCACACAAAUCAACAAAAUGAUUCUUUAUACUGAAAACACUGGUUUCUAUUCUUUAUAUUGAAAUCACAUUUCUUUAUGCAUUUGGGUAGGUCCUUCCUACACGUUUUCAAAGGCCUGAUUCCCAAAGUCAAACAUGUAUCCACAUGAACAUUGCCUGUAACACGGGACUCACGUAAAACUCUGGAAGAUUAUAACUGUAAUACUACUCAGCCUAGUACUUUUGAGGAAUAAAUGGAAACCAAGUGGGUAGAUUUAAAAUCCGGUAAUAACGAAGCAAAUUCUUCUCCUUGUGAAAUUUAAGAUCAGUCUUUUUAUCUUCAAUCCGUAUUUAACAAACUCUGAUAACCAUGUUUCUUUACCUCCUCCUGUGUGCCUGAUGGUCACAAUGCAUCUGACGUUCACCUUCUCCAAGACAACUAUGGAUGUGAAUCUUGAGUGAAUCACUUUGGUGACAGGUACCCAUUUAACUCACGAUGACAAAUGCAGGUGCUUUUUCUUUAUUCCUUUCUAUUUUGUAAAGACAAAGGACACUAGACCAUUAAACACCUUGAGUCCGAGGACAGUUAAUUGCCUCCACAAUCCCCAGAGCCUGGACAAUGCCUGGUGCGUAGAAAGCUCUCAGUGCUUAUUAAAUUAAAUCUCACAACUCCCUUCUAAGGAUACUGCCAUGAGGUAAAGCUCUAAACCUCUACCACUUCUCCUGCGAGCAGCAGAGGUACCUAGCUGCUCAUGAACCUGGAACCAUUGCCUGAGCUUAAGUUCUUUAUCUUCAUCUGCACCAAUCCUGGGAGAGCUGGCAAUCUACCCUUAACAUUUCAGUGUUAAAACCUGGCUGAUUUCCAAUCGCACUUUGUCCAAACUGUAGAAAUGUUAUGGAUUCAGGAGUACAUGUGCUUGAUUUAUCAAACAAGCUGGAAAACUAAAAUGCUAGAUUUUUUGUUGUAAAUUGAUCACUGUAAUUUUCACCUUAUAUGUUAUUUGUAUUUUGUAUAUAAUACACACACACACACAUAUACACACACGCAAACAUUUUAAUUUCAAUGGCUUUUAACAGGUUGACAUUACUUCUCCAUGCAGGUCGGUACUUUUUUCCCACUUGUAACUACAAUUCAAUAAAACUUAGUCCUGUCUGCUCA